CAGCGCCAAAUUAUUUUUGUCACAAUUUUCAUUUAUGGGAGAAAAAUUUUCGAUUCUAAAGAAGUUUAUCAUCAAGUUUUCGUUUAUUUUUUGUCAUCGAUACAAAACAAAAUAUUUGAUAAAACAUCUAUCAGUGAUAUGACACCAAAAUUGAAAUUUUCCGAAGGUGAAAAAGUGCUGUGUUUUCAUGGACCACUCAUCUAUGAAGCAAAGGCUCUUAAGAGCACAAUCACAAAAGAUAAACAAGUAAAAUAUUACAUUCACUAUGCCGGGUGGAAUAAAAAUUGGGACGAAUGGGUGCCUGAGAACCGAGUUCUGAAAUACAAUGAAGCAAAUGUACAAAGGCAGAAGGAGGUAUCAAAACAGCACUCCUCGUCCGCUGGACGGAAUAAGAAAGCAACACCAAAGGGAAAGAAGAGCGACAAUGGUGCUGUAGUAAGCAGCAGUUCAGGUGCCUGUACACCAAAAGACGGAAGCGAAUCAAGAGCCUCCACACCAUCCAAAGAUGUAAGCACUCCGCUAGCAGCCCCCUCAACUUCAAGUAGACGUUCAAAACCCGCAGCAGCAACAACUGCAGCCACAAGUACAACCACAAAUACACCUGCACCUGGACCCACGCCUUCUGUCAGCAGUAAUGCAACAACACCAUUAUCCACGGGAACAAAUAAUAACACUCCUGCUACACAAAUACCAAUCGUUUCAUCCGGAACUGAUUUUGAAUCCAAUAAAAAGAAACGUUUACGAAUUGACGUUUCUGUUGAAAAUGAAGAGCAGUUCCUCUCGAAAGUCGAGGUCAAAAUCAAAAUCCCAGAUGAACUUAAACCAUGUCUUGUGGACGACUGGGACGCAGUUACCCGCCAACACAAAUUACUUGACAUACCAGCAAAAAUAUCAGUUCAAGACAUAAUAGACUCAUAUAUUGCAUUCAAGAAAGCAUCAAAGUCAUCAAAUCCCUCUAAAGAAGUGGCCGUUAAUGAUGUUGCUAACGGUUUAGUUGAAUAUUUCAACGUAAUGUUAGGAUCUCAGCUGCUUUACAAGUUCGAAAGACCUCAAUAUGCCGAAAUACUUAGGCAAAACGUUGAUGUGCCAAUGUCAAAGUUAUAUGGUGCAUUCCAUCUCUUAAGAUUGUUCGUCAAACUAGGAUCCAUGUUGGCCUUUACCACAUUAGAUGAGAAGUCUUUGCAAAUGCUGCUUGGCCAUCUUAAUGAUUUCCUUAAAUUUUUGGUCAGAAACAGUGGACAAUAUUUCAGCAUGUCAAAUUUUGUCAAUGUCAGCCCUGAAUACCAUAGGAACACACAAUUCGUUUAGGAAUUAAAUAGGCAAUUCUUGGAUAAGUAAAGGCUAUUUUUUGUGAAUGGUUGCGAGUAGUGUGGGGCAUUUAUAACUUGCAAAAAAUAAUAAAUAGAUAUCAUACAUGCUGUCGACUGUCGAGCCUUGAAAAACAUGCCUUAUUUGAUUUUCAUUUAUUAUUUAAUAAAAAUGGAUUAAUACAUUUUUAUAACACGCAUGUUGUUAUGUGCCCCACUUUUAUAAUAAUUAUUAUUUUUUAUUUCUUGAAUAUGAAAUCAUUUUAUGAGCGUGUAUUUUGCUUUUAUGUGUUAUUGAGUCUUACUUUUAAUUUUAAGAAUUAGUUUAACAACAACCAAACAAAAUAAUAACUAUUAUACAGAUAUAAUAAAAAUUAUAAAAUAAAAUAUCCAAAUCAA